AAAUAUUUUCAUUAAUGUUUAACGAAACGACAUAAACUCACAGGCUCAGGUGUUGAGUUCCAAUAAUAGAAAGAUUGUUUUUUUAUAAUAAGUGCUUGUAACAUUUCGAAAAAAACUUCUACAUUAAAAUAUAAGUGCCGAAAAAUAAAAUAUUUCAAGUUUAAUUUAAAAAAUCUUAUUAAAAUGAUUUUUUGACAGUAUGUGUAAACGUAACUUUCAAAAGUUUAAAAAAUUAAAGAAAAUCUAUUAUUAUAGACAGUGAAAAUCUAAUUAUAGAGUAAUUUUAAGUUCGUAAGCGAAGAUGCCGCCCAAUUUUAUGACUUGGCAUUCACAUCCGGAAAAUAAAAAAAGUAUGAAACAAGAUGAAACAGUAUUUAUGAAAAGUAAAAAAGGAGCAAAAAGGAAAAAUUGGUACGAAUUUGAGACAGAAGUGGUUUGGAACAAUCUGAUACUUAUAACGUUUUUGCAUAUCAUGACUGUAUAUUAUUUCUUUACUUACUCGUAUUGGGAACAUAAAUAUUUGACAGUUUGGGGAAUUGUCGUGGGGACAAUGUCGGGAAUAGGAGUGACGGGUGGUGCACAUCGACUGUGGACUCAUCGGGCGUACAAAGCAAAGACACCGCUUAGGAUUAUUCUCGCUGUCCUGUUCUACACUGCCGGGCAGAAUAGAAUUUAUGACUGGGUUAGGGACCAUAGAGUUCAUCACAAGUACACAGACACACCAGCAGAUCCACAUGAUAAUAAUCGAGGUUUUUGGUUCAGUCACGUUGGCUGGUUGGUGUUAAAAAAACGACCGGAAGUGAUUCAACGCGGAAAAGAAAUUGACAUGAGUGACAUUCUUAAUGAUCCAGUUGUUCAAUUUUUCGACAGAAACCAUGUCACUAUGAAAAUACUAUUUACCGUGAUAGUCCCAGUUUUUAUACCAAUUUACUUUUUCAAUCAAAGCUUCAAAUGGUCAUUUAUUACUCAAGUAUUUAUUCGUUACCCAUGGAGCUUAAAUUUUACAUGGUCUGUCAAUAGUUUUGCUCACAUGUUCGGAUACCGUAGCUACGACAAAAAUAUAGGACCGGCAGAAAACAUUUUGGUAAGUUAUGUUGCUGGAGGCGAAGGCUGGCACAAUUACCAUCAUGUCUUUCCGUGGGACUACAAAGCCGCCGAAUUUAAAAGUUCACUUUUCAAUACCACAACUUAUUGGAUUGAUAUGUUUGCCAAAAUAGGAUGGGCAUACGAUUUGCGAUCUGCAUCUCCUGAGCACAUUAAGCGGGUUGUCGAAAGAAGAGGUGAUGGAACGCACUCCGUGUAUUAA